CCUGGUUACUCUCCCUGCGCUGCGCUGGUAAGCUCGUGUUUUGGCUCGCCGCCAUGGCCCGUACUAAGCAGACGGCCCGCAAGUCGACCGGGGGCAAGGCCCCGCGGAAGCAGCUGGCCACCAAGGCGGCCCGCAAGAGCGCGCCGGCCACCGGCGGCGUGAAGAAGCCCCACCGCUACCGGCCGGGCACCGUGGCCCUGCGGGAGAUCCGGCGCUACCAGAAGUCGACCGAGCUGCUGAUCCGCAAGCUGCCCUUCCAGCGCCUGGUGCGCGAGAUCGCGCAGGACUUCAAGACCGACCUGCGCUUCCAGAGCUCGGCCGUGAUGGCGCUGCAGGAGGCGAGCGAGGCCUACCUGGUGGGGCUGUUUGAAGACACCAACCUGUGCGCCAUCCACGCCAAGCGCGUGACCAUCAUGCCCAAAGACAUCCAGCUGGCUCGCCGCAUCCGCGGGGAGCGGGCUUAGAGAAAGAAGUGCGCACUCGGCCCGAGGUUCCAUCACAUCCAAAGGCUCUUUUCAGAGCCACCCACAACUGCACUUGGAAGAGGCUGUGCCAC